AUGUCGAGACAUCGGUUUGUUAAGAACAUAAAUAUUGAAGACGGUAAGUAUUUUACGUAUUUUAGGUAGUAAUUGUCGGAAAUAUAUUAAUUAAUAUUGUUUAGAGUUGUUGGAAGAUGAAGACCGAGAUUAUUACGGGAAAUCUUUUGAAGACGAAGUUCCUAUGUCGCCAAGCACUUGUAAGUUGAAUUUUAUAACGUGCUUCUAUCUUUUAGGUUUACUUUCAAUUACAUUGAAACUCUCUAUAACUUGUUUUUCAGCUCAAUUCAUCUACCAUAGAAGUCGGGUCAGUAGUCAAUGUCAAUCAGAGAAACCUAUUGUAGAAGAAGAAGACGAUUAUUCAGAUGACUAUGGAGACGAUGACGAUAUGUUUGGCAUGGAUGAUGGUAAGUUAAUGGAUUAUUUUCAUAUUUUUAAGGCGGUAAGCCAUUUAUGGAAGCAUUACUGUUAAUAAUAUGGAUUCGUAUGUUUAUAGCUGUUGUUUUUAGUCAGUUUCAAGCCGAAGAACAACAAGAAUGUCAAAAAACCAGCCCCAAAGCCAGUAGCACAACAGAAGGUACAACAACCUCGAGUUGUUCAUACUUCACCUCCACAGAAGAAACCAGCCUUACCAGCUGUUGAGAACCUGAAGAUAUCUACUCAGAAGACGACAAGAGAGGCUUCUAAAAGUCCUCUUAGAAUGACACCUAAUGCCAGUGCCCAGAAGCUGAAUGUUUUGGAUGUUGCUUUAGGUACACAGCCUGUUUACAAGUAAGUUUAAGGAUUACGUUUAUAUUUUAAAUGUGGGUAAUUUGUUCUUCUGAGGAUAAAAGGUUAAGUUUUAUUCCAUGUUUAUGAUUUAUUGUUUAGGCCUCGGGAACGGCCAGCUUCUGACAUGGACACUAUCAGUUUGGUCAUCGCUGGUCAUGUAGAUGCUGGAAAAAGUACUUUGGUCGGUCACUCGUUGUACUUGGUAGGUUUUUACGAACAAACUAUUUAUACUUUUAGACAUUUUUUAUGAAUAAUAUUACAUUUACAGCUUGGCAAUGUUGACGAAAAGUCGAUGAGAGGCUACAAACAACAAUCUCUGAGGUCAGGAAAGGCUUCCUUCGCUUUCGCUUGGAUUUUGGACGAAACGGAAGAAGAAAGAAUCCGCGGAGUUACAAUGGACAUUGCUCAUGCCAACUUCAACACUCCUCAUCGCAGGUUCAACAUCUUGGAUGCUCCAGGUCACAAAGACUUCAUCCCCAACAUGAUUACAGGAGCAGCUCAAGCUGAUGCCGCUUUGUUGGUUGUGAAUGCUUCUAAAGGAGAAUUUGAAACAGGCUUUGAUCUUGGAGGACAAACUCGAGAACAUGCCUUAUUGCUUAGAUCGUUGGGAGUGCAACAGAUUGUAGUAGCCUUGAACAAGAUGGAUGCUGUGGAUUGGAGUGAAGAACGGUUCAAGGAGAUAAAGGAGGUCUUGAAUCUGUUUUUAAAGAAGAAUGCCGGCUUCAACAAUAUCCAGUUCGUUCCCUUAAGUGCUUUUGAUGGAGUCAAUUUGAACAAUAAGCCGGCUCCAGAUCAUCCACUGAUGGCAUGGUACAAAGGAGACUGUUUGGUAGAAGUAUUGGGUAUGUUAAUAUAUGUUUGAGCAUUUUGUUCUUUAGAUCACUUGAAUCCUCCACCACGAGCCGAAGACAAACCAAUGAGAGUCAUCAUCAACGAUGUCUACAAAUCGACCGGUAAUUCAGUGGUUUUACAAGGAAAGAUUGAAAGUGGAUUCGUGGAUGCUGGUGCCAAGGUUUAUAUCAUGCCGAAUUGUGAACAAGCAACAGUAAAGUGUAAGUGUUUAUCUCUAAUGCGCUUUUUGAGCUGUUUUAAAAUCUAUAAUAUUAUAAUAACUUAACAUGAUGAAUCGUAUAGUGAAGAUGUAUAAUGUAACUGAUCUUCAGCGAUAAAUUCGUCUGACAAAGGAGCAGACCACCAACAGUACACAUCAAUAUCAGACGUCUGUUUUGCCGGAGAGAACGUUCUUGUAACAUUGGCAGGAACUUUCGAACCAGACUCCGUAACUCCUGGCAUGAUUAUUUGUCGCGGAGGAAGUGAAUUACUCAUUCCAGCCAAGUUCUUGGUGGUCAAACUGGUACUGUUUGAAAAUGCCUUACCAUUGUUGAAGGGAAGUAAGGCCGAGCUGCAUUCUCACGCUCUUAGAGUACCAUGCACGGUGCUGAAGUUGAAGAGCAUCGUGAAUAAGCAAACUGGAGAAGUGAUCAAGUUGAAUCCGAGGUGAGUGGAGAAAACUGAUCUAACUUAUUGUAAUAAUAUAUAUAUAGUACUGGAAACAACUAUAAUGGUGUAUUCUUUCAGAGUGAUAACAAAGGGAAUGAGUGCAGUGAUAGAUCUAGUCAUGGAACACCCCGUCUGUGUGGAGCCCUUCGCCAAGUCCAAGACGUUAGGUCGGGUCAGUCUACGAGUAAACGGUCGUACAAUAGCUGCGGGUCUUGUUGAUCAGGUGUCACGUUGA